UUCUAUUCCAGCUGUGUAUUAUUCUAAGAUUUUGAGUUGUACAUAAAAUAAUGUUGAUGUAAAUUAAUGAUCGUUUAACUAUUUGUAAAAAUUGCAUAAAAGUGAAUGCUAUUACUCUAAAUCGUUACACUCUUCAAAACGAACUCUUCAAUGCUUGCGUACAGAUUCCUUUGCUAUGGAAGUCGGAGACAAAGAAGAUACAAGUAAACAUUACUUUGUAGUAAAUAGUUCUUCAAAAAUUGUCUCAUUUCAUGAAACUUUGAGUAUUGAAAAUUUUCGUGAUAAUUUACCGAAUUCAGAUCUACAAUCAAACACUUUGAUGAGUUUGAUUGAAACGCAGUCACCUUCUGCAUGCAUUCCAUCAAAAUUAGUUCAUGAAUUCUCACCUCCAAGCUUAUCAAAAGAAGAUACAUCUAAUUCAAGUUCAGGAAAAAGAAAACAACGACGAUAUAGAACAACUUUUAGUAAUUUUCAAUUAGAAGAAUUAGAAAGAGCAUUUCAUAAGACACAUUAUCCUGAUGUUUUUUUUAGAGAAGAACUGGCUUUGAAAAUACAUUUAACCGAGGCAAGAGUUCAGGUAUGGUUUCAAAAUAGACGAGCAAAAUGGCGAAAGCAAGAAAAACAAUCAAAACGAGAUAUAAAUUUAACAUCUCAUGUUUCAAUGUGUGCGCCCCAAAUUCUAAUGCAGCAUCAAUCACAAAAUCAAGUACUAUUGGAACCAUCUAUUGGAGGAGUUCCUUCUAUCUACCUCGGUAUGGAGUGGUCAAGUUUAACUCCAUUCACGCAUUCAAAUUCAGUGAUUUCCGGGCUUAGCAAUAACAAAUUAUCGGAUUCUGAAGAUAAUUUAUUGUUAGAUUCAGAAAUUUUGCAGUUAAAGCAACAACGUUCAUGAAUGUGAGAAUGGAAAAAUAGGAUUAAAAAUUAUUCUACGAAUUCAAAGUCAUAACUUUCAUACUUCAUUGCACCUUUGAUUAACCAAUAAAAGCACGAAUAUUUUGA